UAAUGACAAGAAAGCUGUCCCGCCCCACUCUCAUGGAUCGAAUUACUGCCUCCUCAGUCCGAGCGACUGAAUCCAUUGCAUCUAGCUAUUCCAAUCGCGAGCGGCGCAGCGCACACCGGGCGCAUCCCGACCGACCGCUCCACAUCCCUAGAUACGUUACCUCGGCGUCUCUCCGCCUCUUUCAGUAGCUCAGCUAGAUUUCACGUCGCUGUCCGAAGAUGAACGUGAUUAUUGCGGUGCCAUCUGCAAGAUUAACCUCCGGUCGCGGGGAGUAGACCCGGAGCUGGGAAGGGAGAGAGAAACCUCUCUCUUCUCUCACCAUAGUUGCCCCAAAUCUCUGGGCACUGGUUGCGAGCGACAGCCGCCGACACUAUUAAUUAUAUUGCGUGUUCAUUUUUUUAAAAAAAAUCUCGCGCAUUUAAACCUCCUGUCUCCUGACCAAAGGAAGGGAAUCAACGGGACGUCAUCGUUUCUGUCGUGGAAAUAAUAUUAUAGGAGGGUUUUUACUUUGCUCAUACGGUAUACCAAUAAUCAGUAAAAAUGGAUUCUAUAAACAUGGAGACGGUGGAGAAGGAGUGCGGUGCUCUCGGUGGACUAUUCCAGGCAAUUGUCAAUGACAUGAAGUGUUCGUAUCCUGUCUGGGAAGACUUCAGCGCCAAGGCUACAAAGCUGCAUGCCCAGCUCCGGACCACCGUGCUGGCAGCCGUGGCCUUCCUGGACGCAUUUCAGAAGGUGGCGGACAUGGCGACCAACACGCGAGGUGCCACGCGGGACAUCGGCUCGGCGCUCACCCGCAUGUGCAUGCGCCAUCGCAGCAUCGAGGCCAAGCUGCGCCACUUCACCAAUGCUCUCAUGGAAAGCCUGAUAAACCCUUUGCAGGAGCGAAUUGAGGACUGGAAGAAAACAGCCAAUCAACUGGACAAAGACCAUGCCAAAGAGUAUAAACGGUCUCGUCAUGAGAUAAAGAAGAAAUCAUCCGACACGAUGAAACUGCAGAAGAAGGCACGGAAAGAACUGCAGGGCCGAGGGGACCUGCAGCCUCAGCUGGACAGUGCCAUGCAGGAUGUGAACGACAUGUACCUGCUGAUGGAGGAGACGGAAAAGCAGGCGGUGCGGCGCGCUCUAGUGGAGGAGAGGGGGCGCUUCUGCACCUUCAUCAGUCUCCUGCAGCCUGUAGUGAAUGGAGAAAUUGCCAUGCUGGGAGAGAUCACCCAUCUCCAGGCCAUUAUUGAUGACCUCACUGUGCUAACCACGGACCCGCACAAACUGCCCCCUGCUAGUGAGCAGGUGAUUAAAGACCUAAAGGGGUCGGACUAUAGCUGGUCCUACCAGACCCCUCCGGCAUCUCCGAGCAGCUCCGGGUCGAGGAAAAGCAGCAUGUGCAGCAGCGUGAACAGCACCCACAGUAGUGCCUCCCGCUCCUCGGGAGGCUCUCAGACUCACUCACCCAGUUCAUCCUGUCGCUACCGCAGCCUGGCCCAGCCGCCACCAGGGGGCGCUCACCGUCUCAGCAGCGUCUCCUCUCACGAUUCCGGCUUCGUCUCACAGGACGCCAACGUUUACUCCAAGCCGCCCUCACCCAUGCCCUCGGACAUUACCAGCCAGAAGUCAUCGAGUUCAGCGUCCUCUGAGGCUUCUGAAACAUGCCAGUCAGUGAGUGAAUGCAGCUCUCCCACGGCAGAUUGGUCAAAGGCAGGUCCGCAUGAGCAACCAUUGGUCAACACGCUCCAGAGGAGGAAGGAGCCCCUGGAUAGGCUGAGGGAGUCAGAGGCAUUGCCCCAAUCGCAGGGCUACGCUGGGAUGCAUCCCGAUGACCCCCAGAGGCUGAGGAUGACCCCUACUACUAUAGCAGCUAAGCACGGUGAGGAGGUGUCUCCAGCGGCCAGCGAACUGGCCAUGGUGCUGACUCGCGGCCUGAGCGUGGAGCAGCAGAAGAGCAGCCGUGACUCGCUUCAGUACUCCAGCGGGUACAGCACACAGACCACCACGCCAUCAUGCUCCGAGGACACCAUUCCCUCCCAGGGCUCUGACUACGAUUGCUACUCUGUAAACGGAGACACUGAAGCUGACGGGCAGGCCGAUUUUGAUAAGUCCUCCACUAUACCGCGCCACAGUAACAUUGCCCAGAAUUAUCGGCGCAUGAUUCAGACCAAGCGGCCUGCCAGCACGGCUGGCAUUCCCACUGGGAUGUCUGGUCAGGGCGGCGCUUCGGCCGGGAGCGGCAGUGCUGGGGGAGCAGGCACUCCGGGCACAGCCACCAUCCGCCGAACCCCCUCCACCAAGCCCGGCGUAAGACGCACCCUGUCCAAUGCAGGCCCCAUCCCUAUACGCCCACCCAUAGUGCCCGUCAAGACGCCCACUGUGCCCGACUCGCCCGGAGGAUACCCCGGGCCGCCGACCCGUGUCGGCAGCGAGGAGUGUGUGUUCUAUGUGGCGGAUGACGCCUCACCAGGGGCCCUGGAGUAUGUGAAGGCGUCGCCCAAACGCCUGAGCCUGCCCAACACGGCCUGGGGCGCGGGUGGCAUGGCCGCCCUGGAGAUGAGCGUGUAUGGGCAGCCAGGAGAAGAGGACCAGCUGCUCGCCGCCAACCGCCACAGCCUGGUGGAGAAGAUCGGUGAGCUGGUGGCCAGUGCUCACGCACUGGGCGAGGGCCAGUUCCCCUUCCCCACUUUCCCCGAGCAGGCACCCCCGGGGCCCCAGGCCCAGGCUGACCCACAGGCCCCUCAGGAAGGCGAGGACAUGCUGGUGUCCAUCCGUCGUGGCGUGCGGCUGCGCAAGACCGUCUCCAAUGACCGCUCGGCACCCCGCAUUUUGUGAUGUCUCCUUGAGCGGGGAAUCCGAGAGCGGGAAACAGAGAUGCGAUGAAGAAAAAAAAAAACAAAGCACUACAUGUGGACUCUGUAGAGAAUGACCUAUGAAAAGAAGAUUUAAAAAAAAUAAUUAAAUGUUUAAAGAAGUUGUUAGAGUAAAUACACGAUGAAAUGAUAAAUAACGAUAAUGAGAAAAAAAGAAAUGUUAAAUAACAACUGGCUCAGGCCACUAUAACUCUUAGCGUGUCUGAACGCAUGUUUGUCUUAUUAACACCACCCAUCACGGUGAGACAGACUGUAGUGAGACGUUGAGCGACGGAAGGAACGAUGAAGCAGGACCUUAGGAACCCCCUGUAAGGCCCUGUGUUGUACGGGACCUGGUCGCCCCAUACAACACGCACCCUUACCUGUCUUUGGACCCUAGAAUUCAAUGGUGGAAAAGCUCAUGUAGGGAGGGUGAGGAGCAUGGUUGGGGUGAAUGGUCUCGCAAAAGAGCCUCUCCCCAACUAUAAGCCCCACCCCCACCCUCCAGCUCCCUGACGUCACACUGCCAAAUGAGACGAUUGCGAUAGAUCUCUUACUGUGUGUUUGUCUGCUUGUGAUUGGUCAGUGUGGCUGUCAGUCUGGCUGAGGGUGAGCGGGGCUCUGCUGCAGGUCAGCUUGUGGUUUCGUAAGGGGGUGGGGCUUGUUUGUAGACUUCUGUUUCUAGACUUCUUUGACUAGUUUGUUCUUGUUUAUUUCUAAGCAAUUGAUCUUGAUCCCAAAACCUGAAACAGUAUGUGUGUGUGUGUAUGUGUGUGUGUGUGUGUGUGUGUGUGUGUGUGUGUGUGUGAGGUGUAUGCAUUU